UCCGAGGAAGCUGUGCGUCAACCGGUACCGUGGGCUUCUUAAAGGCGUGCGCAUCGCUGUCGGAGCGCUGUUACCAAGAGGUGGAGGCUUACGCGCAGCGCGUCUCCCUUACCGACCAUCGCCUGCUGCUCCCCGGGACGACACCAGAUUCGUGCUCGUCUGACCGGAAGCGGUGCGCUUAAUUUGAAAAGCGGAGACCGCGAGCGCCGCCCUCCCGACGUCAGUGGCGGAGACUUGAUGUUCGUGUGGCCCUCCUGCUGCAGGAGAUGUACGCAGCACCUCAGAUGUUGGUAGAAAUAGUUUCAGCCGCCGGGAGGGAAUUUGGCGCUGGAUGAAACUCUUUUGAAAGUGUUUCUUUGGGCUCAGUCCUCACGUGAAGUCCGCGGAGACAGUUGCACGAGCGUCCCUGCGAGGACACUGUGUGACGUUCAAGGGUUCGUUUUCGAGAUUCUAGCAGUUGUGUAAUAUUAUUGGGGUGACAGCCCCCUCUACUUGGAGAGGAACCUUUUCCCGCAGGCUGCAAUUCAAUCUUCAUAUUGCAGACCUUUAAAUAUCUGACUUGCAAACCUCAAAGCAGCCACGUGUUGUAAGGAGAGACAUUCCCAGCCUGACCAGUCUGCCAUGAUCAGUGGACUGCGAGCAUGACCAGUCGGCGCUGCCAUCUUCCCACUUCGGACCUCUGAUUCAAAUUUCUUUCCCCGCAGCUCAAGCGAAACUUUCCGAGGACUGUUUACAAGUGGCUGGUUGGGGAUUUAUCUGGCAAGUCCCCUCUUCUUUUCCCUUCUUCGUCUUUUGUUUUCAACUAGUAUGCCACUUUUUUUCCGCCAGUCUACCCUAAGCACCUUGCAGUGAAUGGAGAACAUACUGGUUCUGCUCCCGAAGCACCGACAGGAACACAGGCUCAGCAGAACCGCGGCUGCGUGCGGCUCGCCAAAGUUUUUUUUGCUCCAGUGCCGUCUUCUGCCGGUCUUUAGUAGCGACCCCCAAGUCCCUGUCAGCCUCUUUAAUGGGAUAAAUCAAUUGGACUGAUCAGGUCCAAAACCAGAUCAGGUGACCGAUUCCAUUGUGACUUCCCCGAAAACAAGCGGACCCUUUCUUGUCAAGCCAAUUGUCCUCCAAAGGCGUCCGCAUGGUACUUUGGUCGAAAGACAAACUCCCCGACGUCGACAUGUCCUCCGGGGCCAUUGAGGCGAAGAUGGAGGGAGGGCCCCCGUCACUGCCCCUGCUUAACUCCAACGGCUCCGUCUCCCCGGUGAUCCUCGCCGCGGGCCCCGAGGAGGUGGGCCCGGACACCGGCGGCGAGUUGGAGCUCACAGAGGUCACGUCGCUCGCAGAGAGGGCCGGCGAGGCCGGUGGGGAUGAGGAGAGGUCGGAGAUUGUGGUGGCGAUGGACUGCCGGGCCAACGCCAAAGGUCAGAGGGAGGAGGACGCCCUGCUGGAGAACGCCAGCCAGUGCAACGAGAGCGACGACACCAGCACCGACCAGAGCCCGGAGCCGCCGCCCCCCCUCAAGGAGACCUCCUUCUCCAUCGGCCUACAGGUGGUCUUCCCCUUCCUGCUGGCCGGGUUUGGGACGGUGGCGGCCGGAAUGGUGCUCGACAUUGUUCAGCACUGGACGGUGUUCACGGAGGUGUCAGAGGUUUUCAUCCUGGUGCCGGCGCUGCUGGGACUCAAAGGCAACCUGGAGAUGACGUUGGCCUCCAGACUUUCCACCGCGGCGAAUAUUGGUCAGAUGGACACAGCCAAGAACAUGUGGAAGAUGAUAAUGGGGAACUUGGCUCUCAUCCAGGUGCAGGCCACAGUGGUGGGCUUCCUGGCCUCCAUAGCUGCUGUGAUCUUCGGCUGGAUCCCUGAGGGACACUUUCGGCUCGGCCACGCCGUGCUGCUGUGUGCCUCCAGUGUGGCGACCGCCUUCAUCGCCUCUCUGCUGCUUGGGGUCAUCAUGAUCGGCGUGAUCAUCGCGUCCAGGAAAGUCGGCAUCAACCCUGACAACGUGGCCACGCCCAUCGCCGCCAGCCUGGGAGACCUGAUCACCCUGUCCGUGCUGGCAGGCAUCUCAACCGGCCUCUACAAGGAGCUCGAGUUCAACGACUACGCCAACCCGCUGGUGUGCGCCGUGUUUGUGGCCCUGUGCCCCCUAUGGGUGCUGAUAGCCAGGAGGAUCCCAUCCACCCGAGAACUGCUGUACUCCGGCUGGGAGCCGGUCAUCAUCGCCAUGGCAAUCAGCAGUGUUGGUGGUUUGAUCCUCGACAAGACCGUCACCAACCCAAACUUUGCUGGCAUGGCGGUCUUCACCCCGGUCAUCAAUGGGGUGGGAGGUAACCUGGUCGCAGUGCAGGCCAGUCGAAUCUCCACCUACCUGCACAUGAACGGCCUCCCCAUGGGGGACCCCAACCACAUCCCCAGGAAGUGCCCCACCCCCUGCGCCUCCUUCUUCGGCUCCUCUGUGAACUCCCGCUCGGCCCGAGUGCUCUUCCUCCUGGUCGCCCCGGGUCACCUCGCCUUCCUCUACACCAUCAACUCUCUGAGGGGGGGGCACACCACCCUGACGGCGCUCUUUGUUUCCUUCUACAUGGUCGCCGCUCUACUACAGGUGUUAAUCCUCCUCUACCUGGCAGACUGGAUGGUGCACUGGAUGUGGGGGCGCGGCAUGGACCCCGACAACUUCUCCAUCCCCUACCUGACCGCUCUGGGCGACCUGCUGGGCACCGGCUUCCUCGCCCUCUGCUUCCACAUGCGCUGGUUCAUCGGCGACUCUGACUCUAACGCGGGGAACUGAGCGCGCGCAGAGAGGCGCGCGCGAAGGAAAUGACAAAAGACACACACUCUGCGCUUGCACACACACGGGGAUGGCGACAAAUCGCGACGGACGUUAUCUGGAAGUGGACGUUGUCUACGAUAUUAAAGGGCUAAUCUCUUGUAGAUCUCCAACUGAUGGUCGAGUGCAUGACGGGGCAGUGACGUUCCAUCUGCAGCACAUCAGGGCUCUGGUGCACCACAGCAGCAGCCCCGAGCACAGACCGUAUCUUAAACUCGCAUAUGUCGACCGGUGAGCAGGCAAACACCACCACACUCCUCCCAUUUUCUACCUAGCAACUGAGUUACGUUUGCUAUUAACACCCUAUUAACAAUGAUUAGUAUUGUUGAUAAAUAAUGCAGUUGAAUUGUUCCAUGCAAAGGGCCCGUCCUCAUUAUUUUCAAUGGGAACGUUGGCCCUGCCAAUCAAGUUUUAACACUUGAAACUUCAACAGCAAAACUUGUCUAAGAAGUGCUAUGAAUAUCACGUGUGUGUCUUUUAGCAGAGGUCGCAUAGUGCUAGAAGAGCGUUUUGGUCUCGGGGACUUGCACCUCCAACAUAACAAGCAAAGUCCCUUCUUGGCGUCGCUCUCUGUCAGCGGGAUACUUCCUCUGAGUCUUAUUAUUUAGAAAUGUCACAAAUCAGGAUCAAACAAACGCUGACGUCAGCCACGACCAGACCUGCUUCUUCAGCCCUUUAGAACCUCCUAAUUAAGGGCUAUUUAAGUGUUUCCAUUGAUGAGAAUUGCAUGCUCACUCGCACAAUGGCCUAUAUUUUACUCUUGUAGCUUUCCCUAGAGUCCACAGAAGUUGCACUGAUGCCUUUUUUUAAUGGGCCAAAUCUGCUGAAAAGUGCCCUGAGAACGAUUAGUCUUUGUUCGAUAAAUGCGCAGAAUGUGGUUAGGGAGGUUUUCUUAAACCUCCCUGGCUGAACUCAUCCACCCGCUCACUACUGUUGCUGUUAUGGUGCCCGAGCCGGACUCCCAGCAGGUGACAAGAGGCUAAACGUGCUGCGACACACUGGAAACGACCUGCAGAGCUCAGCCAACCCGACGCCAUCGCGUUCACGCAUCACCACAAUGCGAGGCGGGAUGAGCCUCUCGGGUUCAGCUGUCUGGUACCAGACCAACGGAUCCAAUCGCUGUUUUGCACCGUUGUUUUUUCUCUUUAGUUGCCUGGAUGUUGAUAUUUUCCAAUGAGAGACCAAGGAUGUCUCCUGAGGUUGGGCAGGCAGGGGGGGGCUACAAGGAGCCCACACACCAAGCUAUGGUUUGGUUGGUUGUUUAGGUUUUCUCUCCAUUGCCUUUUGCAUUCGGAUUCACCAAAAGAUUCCUGCAGUGAACCAACCCGGUCGUAGUAACACGUAAUACAUGUACAUUUAGUUGGUCUGUACGGUUAGCAAGUUUUUGUGACCGACCGGCGUUCGCCCGUUUCCCACUUCUCUCAAGUUCAUUUUGCUGUGCUGGUUCCCAGUGAUGCCGCCGGCUCAUUUCUGCUGUUGAUUCUGUAAAUGUUCUCACAUCAAAAGCAGGUUAGAAGGAGGACAUCUGGUGAUCCAUUCUCAGAUUCUUUCUAAUCAAUUAAUCUUUUUUUUUACAGAGUCAACUUUGUUCAGCAAUUUGAUUCAACAAAAUGAAAAUUCAGGAAAUUGAUUAUCUUGAGUUAUAAAGUCAUAAAUACAAGAGAGGACAAUUCAGAAUUGGAAAAUAUAGAAAUAAAUUCUCCAUCUUGGGCCUCUUGAGGCUUCCGUAUAUCGCCCAUAUAAUUCUUAAAAAAAUAAAAAUAAAUACCUAAUAUUAAUGUCUUUGGUGAGAGAGGAGCCGGUCCUUUUGUAGAUGAACGACUCGACGGGGCAGAUCCCGGUUUGACCUCCGUCACACUCAAUCUGCCCCCUGAUCGCAGGUGAGGAGGAGACUGGAAUUCUACAGAUUACACACCCGACCAGACUCACUGCGGGUGAUGCUCGACUCAUCGGGCGCUUUUUAGACUUGCGUGCUGUUUUGAAGGAGCCUGCGGGAUGCGUGUGCAGGGCACAAAAUGUGAAUGUGCAACACUUGAUUCUUUUAUUUGCUGAAAAAUCUUAUGGUCUUAACUAUUCUUUUUUUUUUUUUUUUUAAUAUCAAUGAUAUGAUUUUUUGUUUCUAUUCCUUUCCUCCUCUCCCUAAUCUGUUUAACGCUGUGUGAUUUAUUUCCUAUAUAUUGUAAUGUUUCGCCGAGCAAACAACCACUACAAAGAUGAGAAAAGAAAAGUUCUUCCCGCGCUGGUUCUAAAGGCCCAACGUACUGUAAUCUGCAAAGAGAAGCGGAGCCGCCAGGACGCAGCAGGGAUCCUCUCAACUCGUCAACGUGCGUCUCUGUGGCGUGAAACCCCGCGCGAGUCCGACUGGAGUGACGUCUUCAGUCUGUCUGCGUUUGCACAGACUUGCUGUAAAAGUUUCAUCCUUCCACCCGUUGCCUCUCGGUCCGUCCGGGUGCCGGCGUUCUGCCUCUGUGUCAAUGGAAAGUUGUUAAUACUUCUAUAAAAGGGGCAAGUAAUGCUUUGUCUAUUUAUUUUUAGAUUGUGCACAAAGCAAAUUGUACAUAUUAUAUUUAUUAUAUAUAUAUGGUUGUUUAUUUUGUCAUUUCAUUUUGGCUCCUUUUCCUUGUCACCAUGUUGUUUUUAUCAUUUUUCUCUUUCUUUUUUUUUUUUUUUCUCCUGCAAAAGGCCAGUAAGCUUCUUGUUGCUCGCCAACGGUGCGGCUAAGGAACAGCGCGGUGCCUAAUACCGAUCUUUACACACCUCACGCACACCCUGUCACACACGGGGAAAGCACACUUUAACAAAUAGACGGCCUUAACCUAUGAGAGCCGAGCUCAACUCAUAGUAACCCAAUCAGGAGCCGGGUUCGCCACAGAGUAGCAUCUCUUUAAUUAGCUUUGAUUAACUAAAGAUGUACAGUUGAUUAUGAUUGUAACGUAAUAAUGACUUUAUAUGACGCAGCAGUGGAGGGGAGGACGAGCCGGGGGUUCAAAUGAGGACUCGGGAGGCCAGGAGGGGAAAAAAAAAAAAGUACAGAAUGUCCACAUGAAUAGGAAAUAAACACCUACUGCCUUUUGAAAGUAUAAGUGCUUCAAACCCCUCGAGCCUCUGAAUCCCAAGGACAACGUCUUCAAGGUGGAGCCUUUUGAUUCAGACACCAAACCUCCACCCGUCUCGGACCUGGUCCCGGUCUCCCGGAGGCCGAGGCGCAUUCGGUCUGCCCACCUUGUAAAAAGAAGCCCUCUGUGAGGCCGGAGGAAGAGUCUCUCCCUGCAGGACUUUGUAAAUUGCUGGAAUUAAAGAACUAUAUGAUUUCA